CGGUUUAGUUCGGUUUUGUCAAGAACCGUUUUGAUAUUUAAAAAUCGAUUUCUGAUACUCUCUCUCUCGUUUGAGUUGAGACGAUAUGAGCAAGGCAAUAAUUAUAGCUUAUACAAAUCCGAUUUUUCACAUUCGCAAUCUAAAGCUUGAAUCUUUCGUAUGGAACAUCAUCAUUCGUGCCAUUGUUCAGAAUGUUUCGCCGCCUCCACGACAUUCUCCGAUCUCAGUCUACCUCCGUAUGCGCAACCAUUGCGUCAGACCUGAUUUUCACACUUUUCCGUUUCUUCUCCCUUCCUUUAACAAUCCUAUUCACCUCCCUCUUGGACACCGAACUCAUGCUCAGAUUCUUCUCUUUGGACUUGAUCAAGACCCCUUUGUACGAACUUCUCUGCUCAAUAUGUAUUCUUCUUGUGGCGACUUGACUUCAGCUCAGCGAGUUUUUGAUGAGUCUGUCUCGAGGGAUUUACCGGCGUGGAACUCGCUGGUUAAUGCCUAUGCCAAAGCCGGGUUGGUCGAUGAUGCGCGGAAGCUGUUCGAUGAUGCGCGGAAGCUGUUCGAUGAAAUGCCUGAGAGAAACGUCAUCUCCUGGAGCUGUUUGAUUAACGGCUACUUUACCUGUGGGAAAUACAAAGAAGCGCUUCAUCUGUUCCGAGAGAUGCAAUUACCUAAACCAAACGAAGCUUUCGUCGUCAAGCCCAACGAGUUUACAUUGUCCACUGUGCUCUCGGCUUGUGGGCGACUGGGUGCGCUCCAGCAAGGGAAAUGGGUUCACGCUUAUAUCGAUAAAUACCAAGUGGAGAUCGACGUUGUCUUAGGCACAGCUCUCAUUGAUAUGUACGCCAAAUGUGGAAGCCUCGAGAGAGCGAAAAGGGUUUUCAGUGCCUUGGGGUCCAAGAAAGACGUCCAAGCUUACAGUGCUAUGAUAUGUUGCUUAGCUAUGUACGGUCUCACAGAUGAGUGCUUCCAACUCUUCUCUGAGAUGGCCACGGGUAACAACACCAUAAACCCAAACUCUGUCACAUUUGUGGGCAUUCUCGGUGCUUGUGUACAUCAAGGUCUAGUAAACGAAGGAGAAUCUUACUUUACUAUGAUGACUGAGAAAUUUGGUAUCACUCCAUCAAUCCAGCAUUAUGGUUGUAUGGUCGAUCUCUACGGAAGAGCUGGUUUGAUUGAAGAAGCAGAGAGCUUUAUAGCGUCUAUGCCUAUGGAGCCUGAUGUACUCAUUUGGGGGUCUCUCUUAAGCGGAUCGAGAAUGCUUGGGGAUAUCAAGACUUGUGAAGCUGCACUCAAGCGAAUCAUCCAGCUAGAUCCUAUGAACAGUGGAGCCUAUGUGCUUCUUUCUAACGUCUACGCCAAAACAGGGAGGUGGAUAGAAGUUAAGCGUACUAGACACGAGAUGGAGGUAAAGGGCAUUAAAAAAGUUCCAGGAUGUAGCUCUGUUGAAGUAGAGGGAGUGAUUCACGAGUUUGUUGUAGGAGACGAGUCUCACAAAGAGAGCGAAAAGAUCUACGCUAUGCUCAAUGAGAUAAUGCACAGGCUAAGAGAAGCUGGAUAUGUUUCAGACAUCAAAGAGGUUUUACUUGAUCUUGACGAGGAAGGUAAAGAGAUGGUUUUGUCUUACCACAGUGAGAAACUGGCAAUUGCGUUCUGCUUGAUGAAGACAAGGCAUGGAACUCCAGUGAGAAUCAUCAAGAACCUCAGAAUAUGUGGAGAUUGUCAUCUUGUGAUGAAGAUGAUCUCGAAGCUUUAUAGUAGAGAAAUUGUUGUGAGAGACUGUAACAGAUUUCACCAUUUUAAUGACGGGUCUUGCUCUUGCAGAGAUUUUUGGUGAUACAAUGGCACCAAUGUUUGGUUUGGAUUAAAUAAUACACACAUUACUGAA